AGGAGGAGGCGUCAUCGUGGAGGGAUAAGCCUGCAGAAGUGCUCAUUCUUACGUCACUCAUUUUCACAUAACCUCAGCGAUAUCAUUGGGUUACGUCCGCUUAAACUUCACUUGAAACGUGAAAUGAAUCCUCCUCCUUUGGUUGCACCUUCGCUUCACGAAGAAGCGAAAUCUGCUGCUCAAAUACAUUACGUGAGCCUAAACGUUGUGGUAAUGCCGUUGUGGAUUGUAGUGACGUGCAGAAACAAAUUAGCACUAGAAAUCAAGAAGAACACAGCUACACUCGAGAAACUUCCGAAAUCACAGCGCUCAACGCCAUGUACCUUCAUCUGCAGCGGCAAGAAAGAGCAGUCAUCAACGGCGACAUCGAAGAACGGGUUAGUUUUGGUUUCCAAAAUUGAUAAACAGCUUAUCUAA